AUGUCGGAAAUCCCCCCCGUGACAGAAUGGCCAGACUACAAGGUCGAUCCUCAGGGCGGCGACCCGCUGACCCAGAACCUCAACGCUCCAUAUGACAAGGGCGAUCUCUGCUGGAUUCUCGUCUGCACCAUCCUCUGCUGGCAAAUCACGCCGGCGAUCGGCUAUCUCUACGCAGGCAUGCACCGGCGGAAAGCGGCGCUGACCAUGAUCUUCCAAUCGCUGUUCUGCGCCUGCGCGUGCGGCAUCCAGUUCUGGAUAUACGGCUAUUCCCUGUACCAGUCGCACACGACGAACCCGAUGCUCGGCAACCUGAGCCUGGCGGGCCUGCACAACGUGGUGGCGUCGCCGUCGCUGGCCAACUCGGACAUCCCGGACAUUCUGUACGCGUGUUUCGGCUUCACCUUCGUCACCGCCACCGCCAUGAUCCUGGCCGGCGCCAUGCUGGAGCGCGGCCGCCUGUGGCCCAGCAUGCUCUUCCUCCUCUGCUGGACCACCUUUGUCUACUACCCGCUCGCGUACUUUGAAUGGAACCCCAGCGGCUGGCUGUAUCAGCUGGGCGUGUAUGAUUUCGCCGGCUCCGGUCCCGUCCAUAUUGCCAGCGGUUUCUCCGCCCUGGCCUGGAGUCUGAUGCUGGGUCCUCGCAUCGGCGACCACACCGCCGGCGAGAGGGCCAAGAUCGUGCAUUUCAAACCACAUAAUCCGUUCCUCGUCGGCAUGGGGACCUGCUUUAUUUGGUUCGGUUGGUUUGCAUUCAAUGGAGCCAGCACGGCCAAUCUCUCGCUUCGCUCCAUCUAUGUCGUCGUCAACACCAACCUGGCCGCCUGCGGAGGCGGCAUUGGCUGGACCCUGCUGGAGUACAUGCACACGCAGAAAUUCAGCAUCAUCGGCUUCUGUUCUGGCAUCAUCUCGGGACUAGUUGGCAUCACGCCAGCGGCAGGAUACGUUCCCGUCUACGUCGCCGCACUAGUCGGCCUCCUCACAUCAAUAUGCUGCUUCUACACCAACAAGUACAAAUACCUGAUCUCGAUCGACGAAGGGCUGGACAUCUUCGCCCUGCACGGCGUGGGCGGCUACAUCGGAGACUUGCUCACGGGGCUUUUCGCCUCCCGAUGGGUGCCGGCCCUCGACGGCGUCAGUGGAGACAGCUACGCCGGCGGCUGGUGGGACCGCCACUGGAUACAGCUGGGCUAUCAGUUCGCGGGGGCCACCACCUGCGCCGCCUGGAGCUUCGUCGUCAGCUGUAUCUUGUUGGUCGUCAUCAAUCACCUCCCCGGCUGUCAUCUGCGUGUCAAGGAGGAGGACGAGGCCCGCGGCUUGGAUUUCAAGUAUCUCAGCGACGCGCAUUGGGACUCGGAGGACACCGCUGGAGGGACUAUGGGCAUGCAUAUGCCUGUUAGCGAGGGUGUUCCUUUCACCGGCUCGGGGCCGGGGAGUGAGAGCGGGAGUCCGGAGAAGACUGGGACAGCCUUAGCCGGUGCGGGUCCGGUGAAGAGGGAGUGA